AUGACUCAUCUCUCCCUAGAUGACUUAAGGUUGGUGAAUGGUGUCACUCGUUGUUCUGGAAGAGUUGAAGUUCUACACAGAGGACAGUGGGGCACAGUGUGUGAUAACGGAUGGGACCUGCGUGAUGCUACAGUGGUGUGUAGAGAGCUGGGCUGUGGAGAGGCUGCAGAAGCUCUCAAAGGUCCUCAGUUUGGACAGGGCUCAGGAGGAAUUUGGAUGAAAGAUGUGGAGUGUGUGGGGUCUGAGUCAACAGUGAAGGACUGCAAGUCACACAGAUGGGGUGCAGAAAACUGUGGUCAUCAUCAGGAUGCAGGAGUCAUCUGCUCAGAUGGACUGAGGUUGGUGAAUGGCAGCAGUCGCUGUUCUGGAAGAGUUGAAGUUCUACACAGAGGACAGUGGGGCACAGUGUGUGAUAACGGAUGGGACCUGCAUGAUGCUGCAGUGGUGUGUAGAGAGCUGGGCUGUGGAGAGUCUGUAGAAGCUCUAAAAGGUGCUCAGUUUGGACAGGGCUCAGGAAACAUUUGGAUGAAAGAUGUUCAGUGUGUGGGGUCUGAGUCAACAGUGAAGUACUGCAUGCCACAAAGAUGGGGUGCAGAAAACUGUGGUCACCAUCAGGAUGCAGGAGUCAUCUGCUCAGGAGUCCAACUGGUGGGCCGUUCUCACUGCUCUGGGAGAGUGGAGCUGCUUCAUAAGGAGACCAGACACACUGUAUGCAACGCCACAUUUGACCAGCAGGAUGCAGAGGUUGUGUGUCGACAGCUGGGCUGUGGGGCUCCUGUAGAGGUGCUGGGAGCAGCUGCAUUUGGAGAGGGAGAGGACCAGGUGUGGUCAGAGGAGAUCCAGUGUGGAGGCAACGAGACUCAGAUUCACCUCUGCCCAACAUCCCCUAUGAACUACAACUGCUCUCACAAGCACGAUAUUGGGUUAAUUUGUGAAGAGGUGCUGGGAGCAGCUGCAUUUGGAGAAGGAGCGGGCCAGGUGUGGUCGGAGGAGAUCCAGUGUGGAGGCAGCGAGACUCAGAUUCAACUCUGUCCAACAUCCCCUAUGAACCACAACUGCUCACAUGAUAGGGAUCAAGGGUUAGUUUGUUCUGGAUACACUGAUGCCAGACUGGCCAAUGGCAGUGACUCCUGCUCAGGCCGAGUGGAGAUAAAGUACCUCAGAGAGUGGGGCACAGUGUGUGAUGCAUCCUGGGAUAUGAGGGCCUCCAGCGUGCUCUGCCACCAGUUGCAGUGUGGGAGUGCUGUGGCUGUUGUAGGGGCAGAGUGGUUUGGUUCCUCCCUCUCUCAGUACAAUGGGACGGUGCGCUUGUCUGGAGAGAGGCGGUGUGAGGGAGCGGUGGAGGUUUACGUCAGUCAGAGGUGGAGGAGAGUUCUGCUGGACUCCUGGAGUCAGUCUGUAGUCUCCGUGGUGUGCAGACAGCUGGCCUGCGGUUCUGCUGUUAGGUUCUCUGGUUCUACUGACACAGAGGGCGAUGGGUGUGUCUCAGGGAUCCAUUGUUCUGGACGUGAGUCUCAUCUGGGAAACUGCAGCUCUCCACAGAUACCAAACUGUACUUCUAGCCAGCAGGUGACUGUUGUCUGUUCAGGCCCUCGGCUAGUCAGGUUGACAGGAUUUGGAGGAGACUGUGCUGGCAGGCUGGAGGUUCUCCACAACGGCUCGUGGGGGACUGUGUGUGACGACUCCUGGGACAUGCAGGAUGCCCAGGUAGUGUGCAGACAGCUGCAGUGUGGCACAGCCCUCAGUGCUGAGGUCCCUGCAUCCAUUCCCCCAGGAGAUCUGCCCAUCUGGCUGAGCGAGGUGAACUGCACAGGAGACGAGACGAGCCUGUGGGAGUGUCCCCCAGCAGAGUGGGGGCGGCACGACUGCUCACACAAAGAGGAUGUGCGGGUCAUGUGCUCAGAGUUCAUUCAGCUGAGACAGAACACAGAACGCCGUGAACCGUGUAGCGGUGUAAUAGAGGUGUACUACAACGGCACCUGGGGGAACAUAUGCUCCAGUGUCAUGGACAAAAACACAGGCUCAGUCAUUUGCUAUCAGUUAGGCUGUGGACGUUAUAUGAAGACCCAUACAGAGACACCAACUAAAGCCAAGCAACUGAACCCUCCACGGUACACAGGAACUGGAACAAACCCUCAUAUCAUACACAAAGAGUCAGUUAAGGAAUGCCCAGAGCUGAGGCUGGUGGGGGGUCCCACUAACUGCUCAGGGAGGGUGGAGGUGCUCCUGCAGGGAGGGUGGGGGACGGUGUGUGACGACUCCUGGGACAAGAGGGACGCCCAGGUGGUCUGCAGGCAGCUGGACUGUGGGGAGCCUGUGCGUGAAGGGGGGGAGCAGGGCUCAUUUGGAAAGGGGAACGGCCCCAUCUGGCUGGACGAGGUGAACUGCACAGGCCAUGAGCACCACCUGUGGGAGUGCUGCCGCGCCCCUCUGAAUCAGAGUGACUGCAUCCAUAAGGAGGACGCCUGGGUCACCUGCACAGGGCCCCCUCUUCCUCCCACCACCCCUCCUCCAGUCACCCCUGGGAGAACCACCAGCCCUCCAUGUGAGCCUGCAGGGCUUCCUGUCUCUCCAGCGGCUGCAGCCACUCUGGGGCUCCUGCUCCUGCUGCUGCUGGGCUCACUGGUGGUGCUGUUGGGGCAGAACAGGGCACUCAGGAGAGCUCUCUCCAAAAGGCAACAUGUGGAGCUGAUUGAAGCUGUCUAUGAGGAGCUGGACCACAGACUGACCACAGCCGGUUCCUCCAAAGGUCGUCAUAGAGCACGCCUCCAAUCUGACGCUGAAAAUUCCUGGUAUGAAGACGUGCAGGAGGAUGAAAGGAGACCCAUCUCAGUUGCUUCUCAGAGAGAGCCAACUGUGGAGUAUGAUGAUGUCGCGGCUGAUGAAAACGAGACCAUCCUCGAUGUUUUAUUGACAGGAGAGGCGAAGAGAGAGGAGUACGAUGAUGUGGAGGAUGACGUCACGAGUGUGGAGAAGUCAUCUGAGGUGACUGACUACAUAGAGAACACAGGAUAUGAUGACGUGGGAGACAGUGAUGUGGGACUCAUAUCAGAGUCUUUAAGAGAAGAGGGGCUGGAGGAUUAUGAUGACAUCACCACUGAUGAGAAUGGCGUUAAAAUGACCAAGGUGAAGGAGACAAAGCAUGCCAAUGAAAAAGAACAGGAGUAUUACGAUGACAUCAUGAAUGAAGAUGACCUUCAAAUGACAUCAGGUGUUGCAGGGAUGAUGACAGCAGACCAAGAUCAAGAGUAUGAUGGCAUCAUCACAGGGAUUGAUUAUGAUGAUGUGGGGGCGGAGUCUGAGGAGUGACACAUGAGGAGGUCAGCAGAGCAGAUGACUCACAUCAGCUGUGGUGGACUGGAGCUCUGAGAUCAUUGUUGAGAUGCCUUAUAUAUUUGAUAGCUUAUGACAAAAAGUAUGCAAAGCUUAUUUUUACAAUUGAUAUUUUGUAGGUGUUAUAAUGCCAUUUAUGUUCCAAACAUUGAUUUUUAUAUAUUUUUUAAUUCUGUGAUUUGUAGGCCAUGUAUAUUUGUGUUUUUAGCAUUUAUAUUCCCAUCCCUCCCAUCUCCAUGCCAUAAUUUGAUUGGAUGACAGAUAUGUUUUAUUUUGUGUGUGUGUUGACUGGACACAUUCCUUAGUUGGUUGUAUGUACCCCUACAGGCAAAAA